UUGAAGCAAGCGGAAGCGGAAGUUGCUGCCAGUCCUGAAUAUGGCUGCCAGAUUGGGGUUAUCGACAGCUGUGAAUAGAUGGAGCGUAGUUAAAGCACACAGUAUGAUUAUUUUAUUAUUGCUGCAUUGCUAUGUGUUUCCGCUAUAUGGGUACCUGAACUCUGAACAAACUAAUCACUAUUCUACAUACAUCAGGGAAGCUCAGCCGCCACAGUCUCCUGCAUCUCCUACUGUUACAACAUCAGCAGCACUUACCAUAGAUGGGUGUCCAAGCUCAGGAUUGUGUACAAAACUACCUGCUUCCUGCAUCACUUGCAAAACAAAUUAUUCCUGUGUAUAUGGCAAGCCAGUUACCUUUGAAUGCAAAACCAAGCCUUCUGUACAUUGUGUGGAUGACCUAGGCAGUGGACAGACAUCUUUCUUUUUGACAAUGACUUGUCAAUUUUGCUGGCAGUUACCACCCUCAGAUUAUAAGUGUGCCAGCUCCACUAACUGCAUGACAGUGUCCUGCCCUCGAAAGCGAUAUAGCACCAAUUGUACUGUAUAUGAUCACGUUCACUGCCUUGGGAACCGUACAUUCCCAAAGAUGAUGUUUUGCAAUUGGACUGGUGGUUAUAAGUGGUCAACAGCUUUAGCAUUAAGCAUCACUCUUGGUGGAUUUGGUGCUGAUCGAUUCUACCUUGGCCAGUGGAGAGAAGGACUGGGCAAACUUUUUAGUUUUGGAGGUCUGGGAAUCUGGACACUUAUUGAUGUGCUACUUAUUGGGGUUGGAUAUGUGGGACCAGCAGAUGGCUCACUCUACAUCUGAACUGAUGGAGAAAUGAACACCUGGAAAGUGAGGGCUCCUCGCCACCCCCCAAAAGGCAUGCUGGAUUUAAAAAUACCUUAAGGUGUACAUAAAUUAAAUAAAGUGAAGAGGUAGCAUCAGUCUUGAAAAAUGUUAGCAGUGGAAUUAAAAUGACAGCCUUGUUGUUCUUGUCCUGAUCAAUCUGAUGGAAGAAGAGUAACUGAGCUUUUACUAGUUUAAAAAAAAAAAAAAAAGAUUGGAGAAUAUUGUCAAUUUUCUCACUUCAGGAAAACUGGAUGCAGUUAUCUGAAAUACAGGAAACACCAGGUAAGUUAGGAAGUAUUCAAAACUCAAGUAUUCAAAUAACAAACCUCUCACACAAACAGUUUUCUGCUGUGCUGCAAAAGCAAAAUGUUGGUGGUAUGAGUAGAAAUGAAAUGAAAUCCUUGACACAAGAUAAUGUAUUUGAUCAAAGAUAACAUACUUAAUUUUGUAUGCCAUUUUUAUUUAAAAAGCAAGACAUGUUUAAUAUUAUCGUGGUUAAUGGUAAACUUUAAACCAUUAUGUUAAUUUGGCACCUUGCACAGAAAAUUAAACUUCAAAUAGUAUGAUGUUAAAAUAAGCUGGACUUUUAAGAUGGAACAGAAAUGAAAAGGACAUCUCUACAUUGUAUAUCAUUGUCUGUUUUUGGUGUAGCUGUUACAUUAAAGUAUAUGCUCAUGGCUCUUGUAAGAGUUAAUAUACCUGCUGUGAGCGUUCAAGUGUAUAGGUUUGUAAAUACAUGUAAAUAAAAUAAUUUGUUUUAUAGA